AUGUCUUACUACCCUCCUAAUCCCCAUCCCAGCCCAAUGAACCCGCAUAACUACUCCCACCACCCGAGCAUGAAUCUUGGCGACCAAGUGGCACCCAUCACCCCUAUUAAUCGACGGGUUGCUAAUCCCACCGUGCGCGGCGGAUUUCAAGGCAGUAGUGGACCGCACCGCCAUUCCCCAAACACAUCCCGAUUCAAUCCUCAUCAGAAUAACCAUAGCAACGGAAGCCACCAGACGACCAAUCCCGGUCAAGAGGGACCAAAUCUUGGCGAUUAUCAGGAUCACAAUGACUUCUCCGACCUCAUGCAAUCGGGCGACUUGAUGACAGGCGGCCUCGGCGAUGAACCACGAGGUGGCGACCAUGACGAACUCCCACCAGCCUUAGAUCUUGAUGACAUUGGACCAAAUAGCCACAAUGCUACCACGACCCAAGCCAGAAACCAAGAGGAAAUCGGCCGCCUUAACGCCGGGGCCCACACCACACCGGAGACAAGAGCCAACCCGGCCGACCUGCGCAACACCGACGGCAACACCCAAAAUCUCGAACCAGCCAACCACAUGACCCCAGACGCAAUCCGUCGGUACAUGGAAACCCCCGAUGGCCUGGCCAGCAUGGUAGGCAUUCUAAUUCAGCGAGGCGGUGUGCGCCCAGAUGACACCAGUGGCCCAUGUCGCCACGUAUAUGGACCUAUCAUCCGGGAACAAGUCCGUACUGAAAUCCGCAACAUCCUGAAACAAACCAACAUCCCGGCGUACACCAAGACCCAUGCGGCCAAUGGUGAAAUGUACAUCAAUGGCCCAUUUGCAUUGAUCCGAGCCCACGUCCUCGCCCGGCCGGCCGCAUGGCGGCAAACCCACCUACCCAUCGGCCUCGCAACCGAUGCCACCGAUGCUGUGGAGAACCUCGAUCGCUUCUUACGCACCAUGGUUAAACAUGAGCGCACCACGCUCCGCAACUUGGUACUCAUCCAAGUCAGACCCGAUGCACGCAUCCGCGCGCCAGGGCCGAUCCCGCGGCUAUUCGACCUCCUCGUGCUCAUCCACCAAGGGCUGACACACCGCCACCACCAUCUCAGCCGAGAAGAAUUACGCAGGUGGGCUACCCGCCCGGUCCAAUUCAGGUUUGCGAUGCUCCGACUCCUUGCCGUCCAUCACUACCUCAAUCGCCCCCCCGGUCAAAACCUCUCGCAGUGGAAUGUCAUCGAUCGGUACCUGGAGAUGCUCGCAGGCCUGAGUCAGGUGACCCUCCAAGCAUACGUCACUUACUCUCCAAACCAAUCCCCAUGGCCGAUCAAACUAACUCACAGUUACCUCAUAGGCACAUCGAGCUCAUCAUGCGCAAAGAUACCGAGUAUUUUGAUGGUAUCAAGUACAUAG